AUGUCACAACGCAUGUUGGACUAUAACCUCGCACGUGCCUUGUUUUCAGCCAGUAUACCAUUUAAUGUGGUCAACAACCAAGAGUUUGCUACAUUUCUAAAGCGGAUGCGUCCAGGCUAUGCUGUCCCCAAACCACAUGUGCUGCAACAGUAUCUGCUCAAAGAGGAACAUUAUGAUCUUAUCCCACAGGAUCAGCAACAGCACUCGUCUUCAGUUUCCCCCUUAUCACCUACAUACGACUCGAAUGGAUCAAACGUCAUCAUCGCGCCACAAUCACCUCCUUCUUCAUCCAAUUCAGCAGCACCCUCUACUUCAUCAGCUGCAACAAUCAGUCGGAUCAUACAUACACAAAGCAUCAGUAGCAGUGCCAAUGGGGGUAACAACGGAAGUAACCCAACGAGCGAUGUCGGUUCUUCGUCCACUGCACACACUUCACGAGUUUCUGUGAUGCAUCGGCCUACCGAGAUGGAUGGAAGCUUAUAA